GAAAAUUGUUUGGGUUUUCUUUUUUUUCUUUUUUUUUUAAUAAAAUAAGUUUUUCCUUUUUUCAUAAAACAAACAUAUAGAAGUUUUAUGAUGCUUGAAAAUCGUGAGACAUAUUUAAAACUAUAAUUUCAUGCUAUAAGCAUGAGAGAUUUACCACUGUAUCAAACUCAUUUGAAAUAUUUUUCUUUGCAGGAAAACAUGCAACUUUUGGGCUGAUAAUUGAAUCUGAUUUGUGGGCUUCAGUUUUAUUUUGUCUGUUCACCCAUGAGCUGGAAUCCAAUUGAAGUCAUACUGGGCCAUUCUGGGCCAACAAACUUCUAAGCAGGGUCCAAAUUAAUCUUUAAUGGGCUGGAUAGGAGCAUAUAUAUAAUAUUUUAUAUACAGUGAAGCGAUAUGGCAGCACAUCGUGUCCUGUUGUGAUUCGCAGAUAUUUUGUGAAUUCAGAUACGGCAAACAACACGCUUAGAGCCGAAGGUAGAAGGUAUUAAAAUAGGUAGGAAAUUGUGUACAAAACACAGUAAAAUCUGCAUUAUACAGACUGUUUCAGAAAUUUGUGUUAGCUGUCAUGCAAAGGCAUAAUGUUUAUAGCAAGGCAUCGAUCAAUUUUGGAACAAACUCGAACAGGCAGCUUUCUAUAGUUUCUAGCUCCCUUCCAGAGAGAUUUCGUUUGAGAUUAUGUCUUAUGAAGGGCAGGAUUUCUUCCAGCAUCAAAACUACCCAUUUGGAGUUAAUAAAAUUUAGCCACAAAAGAUAUGUAAGGGUCAAAGUGGCAGAUGUGAAUUCAGAAGAAGUGUCCGACGAAGAUGAUGAUCUGUGUCCGGUUGAGUGCGUUAGAGAAUUCAAGACUGAUGAUGAGUUCUUUAGAAUUCUUAAUAAGGCCAAAGAGACUGAUUCUUUAGUGGUGGUAGAUUUUUAUCGCACUUCUUGCGGUAGUUGCAAGUACAUAGAACAGGGGUUUGCGAAGUUAUGCAGGGGAUCUGGAGACCAAGAAGCUGCAGUAAUCUUCUUAAAGCAUAAUGUGAUUGAUGAGUACGAUGAGCAAUCUGAGGUUGCCGAACGACUUCGAAUUAAGACGGUCCCCCUUUUCCAUUUCUAUAAAAACGGGGUCCUAUUGGAAGCCUUCCCAACCAGAGACAAAGAAAGGAUUACUGAAGCCAUUCGUAAAUACACAUCUCCUGCGUCUCAAGGUGUGUAAAGUGAUGAGGUUCAGUUUUCAAGAUUUCGAUUCUGUAAAAUAAUUAUAAGGCCCUGACAGAGUGGGCGAUGUAAUCUGAGUGCUUUAGAUUGUGUCACUUUGGUUAAUAUAAUACAUAGGUUGUACAUUAUCCGACAAAAAUUUGCGCGCAUAUUGAAACUUCCAAACUCUCUCUUCUUUUUGUGUUCA